CCGCAACGCAACUCGCGGUAGCCGAUUCAAACUUUUUUAUCUAUGCACUUCUAAUUCUGCGCGGGAAUUCAAAAUUUAAAAUUACGAUUUCGAUAACGAAAUAUGCAAAUGUGAUUUGAACUUAUUUGUGUCGUGCCAGUGACAAUUUUAAGUGACCAGUGACUGUUGAUACCAAAGAUAUUUAAUCUGUGAUAUAUUUAUAAAAUUUUCAAGAUGUCUGACAGCUGCACAUUUUGUAGUUCUUGCAACUUAAGAAAACACGGAUCUAUGUCGCCUAGAUACGGUUUUCCCCAAAGGCUUUUGGUAGCUCUAUCGGUAUUAGUAAUAUUAGUAACGUUCGCGAUGCCCGCUGAAACGCGGUCGAUUGAGCACAAAAGGCGGCAUCAAAGAAGGCAGCCGGAAGCAAUGGCACAACUAACCAAAGACAUGCGAGCGACGAGGCAUCCAAGCGUCGAACUAUAUAAGAACGCAACUAGAAAGAUUAUGAGGAAGUUAAAAAAUACAAGAAGAUUUUUCAAUCAGGAAAGAAAAGAAUUAAACGAAUCGAAAGAUUACAGAGAUGGGAUGCCGGAUUGGUUGCCGGCUGUUAACUUCGUAGAUAUACAUUUCCACGAUUAUAAGUCGUCAAGAAAAGUUGGAUCAUCGAUUUGGGAGAAAAAGUUCGCCUAUCAAAUGCCGAGACUCUACAAAUCGUUGAAAGAAUAUUACGUGCUAUUCCAAAAACUGCGCGACGUCGAAGUUGACUUCCCAGACGAUCCGUUCAGUAUCUACAAGAACGCGCGACAAAAACUCAUCAACGCUUCGUUACAACGGCUGUACAGUUCCAUUGCGGAGGUCACGGAGAGUAUGACAGCAGUCAAUAUGGACAUACCAAACUUUGACAUCAGCAAAAUGAAGCUAGAAAAUUUCCCAAUGAAAGUUGACGCGACGCAAUGCCUUAAGAAUGACUACAUAGUGUUCCGAGGUUAUGGUAACUUACUCAACAAUUGGUACUACGAAUUCAGAUGUCCGAGAAGUAAAAAGGUGAACAAAAGGUGUGCGGCGUACGAAGAGAAACUUCAAGAGAAAAAGGACAGCAGAAGACCCAAGAAUAAAAUGAGUUGAGUCUCAGAUUACCUUACAGUGGGUUAACCGAUUCACAUAAACAUUAUGCUAUCUUUGUUUUUUUAAUUACAAUGACAAGGAUGACAUGUUUCUGUGGACAUGUUUCGGCAGUGUAAACCUCAAAUGUUUAUUUGUAAAAAUCGUACAAACGCCAAUUGUGUACUUAUUUAUUUUUUAGUUAAUUGUACGGCUCUCUGUGUAACGUGAGAUAUUGGAUUGCUUGACGAAACAUAUUAUGUUGAUUAAGUUAUGGGUACUUUCUCUGUGAUAUUUAGUAUUCUGUAGAUAAUAAUUGUUAAUUUAUUGAAAGUGCUAGUUAUUAAGACUUGUAAUAAGUUCCUUUUGUACCUUCAAUGUUUCUUUCUAUCUAAAGCUUUCUAUCUUAAAAAAUAUUUUAACAAUAUUAUUUGCGAUUGUGAUUUCUAUGACUCUUUUCGAUUCCUUAUAUUUUGCAAGAGUAUUAACACUAUCUAAUUUUAAUCUCAAUAAGUAUUACUAGGAGGCGAUUUAUGCCAUUUUAGCCAAGAAAGACUUUUAGCCUAUUUAUUUUAAGCUGCUUAUUUAUUUUAACUUUAAUUGUAAGUAUAUUUGUAUAAAAAUGUGCCGUUUAAUUUUUAAAUAUUGUACUGACGCGAUGUGAAUUUUACCGACAAUAUUCUGUA